ACUAUCUACUUCAUAGUAACAACAACUAAAAUACAAAAACAAUAAUAAAAUGAUUUCUAAAAUCUUGGUUGUAGCAGCCGUUAUUGGUUGUUCUGUGGCUUUACCUUAUGCAACUUCAUAUGCAUCCGUAAGCCAACAUCACGACGACCAUCAUGGCGGCCAUUACAAUCAUCACAACGACUACGAUUUACAUGAUUAUCAUCACCAAAAUAACGGCUAUAAGAAUCAUGUAGAGCAUGUAUAUCAUAAACAUGACAACCAUUAUGAUCAUCACGACUACCACCAUGAUAAUCACUAUGAUCAUCACGACUACAAUGCUCAUGAUGACCAUCAUGAGAAGUACCAUCAUCCCAAAUACGCUUUCAAAUAUGGCGUUGAAGAUGCUCAUACCCACGACAUGAAAUCUCAGGAAGAGCAUCGUGAUGGAGAUGUUGUCAAGGGCCAUUACAAGGUUGUGCAACCCGAUGGACGUACUCGCAUUGUUCACUACACAGCUGAUGAACACAAUGGUUUCAAUGCUGAAGUGACUUAUUCCGGACAUGCUGAUCAUGAUCAUCAUCACUACAACAAAUACUACUAA